GGCAGGCAGGCAGGCGGACUUCCCUGCCGCUCGGCUGUUCGGGCAGCAGAGGCCGAGCAAGCUCACCUUCCCGGACUACCCCCCGCCUCCCCCUGCCCAGUCUCCGAUGCCUCCGAGGCUCGCCGGCUUCCUCUGCGCCCGACCGACUCUCGAUUGCUGGGGGAGUUCUUGAGAAAGGCGUCGGAUUCCGCAACCGGGCGCCGAAAUUCGCAGGAAGGAGAGACUGCAACACACCGAUUCAUCAAGGUCAGCAUUAUGACUGAUGGGGACUAUGACUACCUGAUCAAACUCCUGGCCCUGGGGGACUCUGGGGUUGGGAAGACAACCUUCCUGUACAGGUACACCGACAACAAGUUCAACCCCAAGUUCAUCACAACAGUUGGAAUCGACUUCCGGGAAAAACGUGUGGUGUACAAUAGCCGAGGGACUAAUGGAUCGCCUGGGAAAGCCUUUAAGGUUCAUCUGCAGCUCUGGGACACAGCUGGGCAAGAAAGGUAACGCACGAGAACUCUCGGNNNUUUCAGAGACGCCAUGGGCUUCUUGUUAAUGUUUGAUCUCACCAGUCAACAGAGCUUCUUAAAUGUCAGGAACUGGAUGAGUCAGCUCCAAGCAAAUGCAUAUUGUGAGAAUCCAGAUAUAGUAUUAAUUGGAAAUAAAGCCGACCUGUCGGAUCAGAGGGAGGUCAAUGAAAGACAAGCGAAAGAUCUGGCAGACAAAUAUGGUAUCCCAUACUUUGAAACCAGUGCAGCGACCGGCCAAAACAUAGACAAGGCGGUGGAGACGCUCUUGGACUUGAUAAUGAAGCGCAUGGAGCAGUGCGUUGACAAAAACCAAGUCUCCGACACAGCCAACGGGGGCAGUUCGGGGAAACUGGAUUCGGCGAAAACGGAAGAGAAGCGAUGCGCUUGUUGAUUCGGUCCCCGCCCCGCCCUCUGGACUAAGGAGAACAAACGAGGAACUGCUACAUUCAACUCCGGAAGCUACUCUGGGCCUCGGGCGGCCGCUGUCGUCGUCCAAAAGCAAGCCUGAUUUUUGAUGUUGAGAGAUUCAUGCUUCUGUGCUUGAGCAGAUGCUCCCUUUUACAGUGCCAUGUUCAUUAAAAAAA